AUGCCCCAAGGAGCUGCCUGCCAGUCCUCUGCAGGCUUCUCCCCAUGCCGGCAUCGUGCCAGAGACAGUUGCCUGCCAGUCUUCGGCAGGCUUCUCACCCUGCUGACUUCGCGCCCUGGGGAGCUGCCUGCCAGUCCUCUGCAGGCUUCUCACCCUGCCGACAUCGACCAGAGAGAGCUGUCUGUCAGUCCUCUGCAGGCUAUUCAACCUGCCGACAUCGUGCCAGAGAGAGCUGCCUGCCAGUCCUCUGCAGGCUUCUCACCCUGCCGACUUCGUGCCAGAGAGAGCUGCCUGCCAGUCCUCUGCAGGCUUCUCACCUUGCCGACUUCGUGCCCUGGGGAACUGCCUGCCAGUCCCCUGCAGGCUUCUCACCCUGCCGACUUCGUGCCAGAGAGAGCUGCCUGCCAGUCCUCUGCAGGCUUCUCACCUUGCCGACUUCGUGCCCUGGGGAACUGCCUGCCAGUCCUCUGCAGGCUAUUCAACCUGCCGACAUCGUGCCAGAGAGAGCUGCCUGCCAGUCCUCUGCAGGCUUCUCACCUUGCCGACUUCGUGCUCUGGGGAACUGCCUGCCAGUCCUCUGCAGGCUUCUCACCCUGCCGACUCCGUGCCCGGGGAGCUGCCUGCCAGUCCUCUGCAGGCUUCUUAUCCUGUCGACAUCGUGCCAGUGAGAGCUGCCUGCAAGUCCCCUGCAGGCUUCUCACCCUGCCGACUCCGUGCCCCGGGGAGCUGCCUGCCAGUUUCUGCAGGCUUCUCACCCUGCCGACUUCGUGCCCUGGGAAGCUGCUUGCCAAUCAUCUGCAGGCUUCUCACCCUCUACAGAACGCCUGGAAUCUGCCUUCUGAUCUCAACAGUGCAACACGUCUAAAGAUUCACGUGCCCGGUCGAUAUGCUUGCCUGUGUUUCGGUCUACAUGCCUGCGUACAGGAGUACGAGGCGAGUCCGGCCUGCCAGCCAUCGCGUCUUCAGGUCUACGUGACGGGUGAACCUUCCUUCCAUCUUCGCAUCUUCGUGCAACGCGUCUCAAGAUUGACGAGGCUUAAUAUCAUCGGAAAAAUGGAUACUUGGCCUUACUCCAGCUGCCUUCCAGUCUUCAGCGCAAUGCAUCUCAAUUCUCAAGGUCUUCGUGCUUGCCUGUCUUUCUGCCUGCCCGCCCAUCUCAAGGUUGAGUACGAGCCGGGGUGA